AUGAAAGGCACCAUAACAGCCAACGCCAUCCAUGAAUCCCAGCUUACCGACAGCGAUCCAGCCAUAUCGGGGACAGUUUCUGGUGAUGCUGCACCGGGAUUCUCGCUGCGGGUGGAUGAUUCCUCUUCAACUAUACCCGAUCAGGAAGUACCUCACUCAUCACGCCCGUUUAGGAAAUAG